AUGUCAUCUAACAGGAUUGAAAAUGUGAUUUGUCACAUCUGCAACAAAAUAGCACUUAAUAACUGUAUUCUCUGUGAUUUGUGCAACACAUGGUUACAUGUGUCUUGUCUCAAGAUGACUAAAAGUACUUUCAAUAAGCUUUCUCAGGAAGAAGUCCCAUGGUUUUGUAGACAAUGCAUAUAUAGAACCCUUCCAUGUACAACUCUUACUGAUAUAACAUUGAAUUCUCUAACUUUUAACUCUUGUAUAAGCGAUAAUUUCAAAGAGUGUGAUUUCUGCAACAAAAACAUAAAAUGUGUAAAUUCCACCGUAACCUGCAGCACUGGUAAACACAAAGUCCAUUUAAAGUGUGCAAAUUUAAACAAAUCUAAACUUAAAAGCAUUAACAUAAACAACUGGAUAUGUAGCAAUUGUAACUCCUUUCCUUUUAACGAUAUGGAUAGUGAACAACUUUUUAACCUAAUGUAUAACUCAUCGCUUGAUAAGUAUGACAACUCAUAUCUAAUAAAUAAAAAUCUUGAUGAUCUACUAAACCUCCCUAAAUUAGAGAUUGAACACCCUAAUAAUAUAGGUAGAGAUGAUGCCAGCUCAUCGGUUCUAAAUUUUAACUACUAUAGUCUUGAAGAUUUUCAUAAACUAACACAAUCAAAGCAACUCAAUGCUGCAUUAUCCUUCUUGCACACAAACAUACGAUCUUAUCAAAAAAACAUUUCUAAUUUGUGUGAUCUAGUUCAUACUCUAGAAUACAAAUUCGACAUCAUUGGCCUAUCAGAGGCAUGGCACUCCUCAGGUAAGGAAAUUAAUUCAAUAACCCCAUCAGGUUAUCACCCAUAUGAAUUUAUCAGUGGAAAUUCUCAAAAUGCAGGAUGUGGUUUUUAUAUUAAUUCUGAACUCAAAUAUAUAGUAAGAGAUGAUCUUUCAGGAGUAGUUAACGAGAGUAAUGAGGAAUUCGAAAUAUUGUUUAUUGAGAUUUUUAAUGAUCACUCCAAAAAUAUAUUGGUAGGAGUAAUAUACAGGCACCCUAAAUGUAACACUACAGAGUUUCUGGCCCAUAUGCAAAAGUUACUUUUCUCUAUAAACAAAGAAAAUAAAAAAAUAGUAAUCAUGGGAGACUUUAACAUCAACCUUCUCCAAUUCGAAGAACAUCAAGAGCCAAAUUCAUUUUUGGAAAUAAUGUUGAGUAACUUUUUACUUCCACACAUUAUACAACCCACUAGAAUAGCUAAAAGUUGUAAAUACACAUUAAUUGAUAACAUUUUUUACAAUGAUAUUUUAGAUGAAUGCAUCAGUGGAAACCUUAUUCCACAUAUAACAGACCACUUACCAAAUUUUUUAGCCAUUGAAGACAUUCAUACGAGUCGCGUGAAGAACAACAAAAAGGUAAGAGAUUAUACAAACUUCAAUACAGAGGAAUUUCGAAAUGAACUUAUGGGUAUAAAUAACAAACAAGAAUUAACUUCAAUGGAUGAUGUAAACCUAAUGUAUAAUGUAUUUCAUGAUAACUUGACAACUGUAAUAGAUAAACAUGCACCAUUGAAACCAAUGUCAAAAACUCAAUUGAAAAGAUCUGUAAAACCAUGGAUAAAUGAUCACAUGCUACUUAUGAUAAAAGAAAAGAAUCAACUCUAUGGUAUGUUUAUGAGAAGUGGCAAUAGGAACAAAAAUAAAAACACACCAACUGCUAUAAAGCAAGAUGGUAAAACAUUCACUGAUCCAAAAGACAUUGCCUCUUUGAUGAACUUAUAUUAUGCAAAUGUGGCUCCAGAAUUGGUCAAAAAAUUACCAAAAAUUUCUCCACAAGAGGUGGAAGACCACUUAUCUAAGUUGGAUCACACUAAAGCAGUUGAUGUAUAUAAUUUCCCUAUAAAACUCAUAAAACAAAAUUGUGAUCUCCUAUCUGAACCAUUAUCUAUUAUCAUUAAUAAAUCAUUCUCUGAAGGUGUGUUUCCAGACGCAUUGAAAUAUGCAAAAGUGAUUCCUUUGUUUAAAAAUGGGACAAGGCAUGAAGCAAAAAACUAUAGACCGGUAUCGAUUCUUCCGUUAUUUGACAAAAUAAUUGAAAAAAUUAUGCAUAAAAAACUAAUGACUUUCUUGGAUCAAUACAAAAUAAUAUCUUCUUCGCAAUAUGGAUUUCAAAAAGCAACCCAGAGUCACUCUAUCGCUAUCUUUCUUGAUUUUGCCAAGGCAUUCGACACAGUAAACCAUACUAUACUACUAAAAAAACUAGAACACUAUGGAAUUCGUGGAAUAGCUAAUAAAUGGUUCAAGUCAUAUCUAUCUGGACGGACACAAAGUGUAUCAGUUUCUAACAUUCUGUCAAGUGAAUUACAUAUUAGUUGUGGAGUUCCACAAGGUUCAAUCUUAGGACCAAUAUUAUUCUUACUUUACAUAAAUGACAUCUCUAAUGCUUCCCCUUCUUUUAAAUACACACUAUUUGCAGAUGAUACUAGUUUAUUUAUUGAUAGUAACAACAAACAAGAAUUAUUUAAAAAAACUAAUAACGAGCUAACUUCUGUCUGUGAUUGGCUUAUUGCAAAUGCUUUGAGCCUGAAUGUUACCAAAUCUAACUACUUAUUUUUUAGCAAAGAAAAACAUGUCGAUAUCCCGGAGAUCAAGUUACUAGGAAAGAACCUGACUCGUAAGAAUUCUGUCAAGUAUUUGGGAAUAAUAAUAGAUGACGAACUUUCCUGGGAUAAUCAUAUACAAUCUGUUUUAAGUAGAAUUUUACAAGGUAUUGGUAUCCUAAGGCGUCUCGGUCCUAUUCUUCCAUGCAAAUCUUUACUUUCCAUAUACUAUAGUUUAGUUCAAUCACAUAUCCAAUAUGGUGUUAUCAACUGGGGAUCACCAAACACUAAAAAUAUAAACACCAUCAAUAGAUUAGUAAAUAAUUGUCACCAAAUUCUAAUAACCAAUAAUAAUCAAACUAUAAACGAUAUGAAACUUUUAACAUUCAAUCAGAUAUACAUGGUUAAUGCCUGCAGGUUGUUAUUUCAGUUUCAUAAAAAUAACCUACCUCCUAAUGUUUACAACAUAUUUAAAAAAUCUGAUAGUGUACAUAAUCAUAACACCAGACAGUCUCAAAACAUGGGUCUUCAUAUUCCUCACAGAAAUAGAUAUCUUCCUUUACUAUAUCUUGGUCCUACUUACUGGAAUCAAUAUUGUGUAAACUUGAAAAAAGAUUCUCUCAUAUCAACAUUUAUACAUCACUUAAAAGAGAAAUUAAUACAUAUUUACUUACUUACUUACUUACUUACUUUCUUAGUCCGAAUAAAUGACUACUUACUUACUUACUUACUUACUACUUACCUACUAAAUAGAGAUAGCAUAUUUCUAACUCUAAGUACUUACAGAUAG